AUGAUUGCACCCAGAGGUUUAUUUCUGUACAACAGCAUGCCAUGCACAAACAAGUGGCCAGAGCAGGGCCGGGCUCUGUUACAGCUCUUGUUCUUAGUGUUGUCGUUUCCUCGGGCCUUGGAGACAGUUUGCAGCCAAAGAGGUGGUACUGACAAACCCCAGCUUUACAAAGAUGGUGACAUCAUGAUAGGUGGAAUCUUUUCCUUCCACAGCAGCUGGAAAGACAGAAAGGAAACCUACACACACAAACCACUGCCACUGGAAUGUAUCAGUUUGAAUUUCAGAGAGUUCCAGUUUGCUCAGGCUUUGCUUUUUACCAUUGAGGAGAUCAAUAACAGCACAGAGUUAUUACCUGGAAUCUCCCUGGGACACAAGAUGUACGACACCUGUGGCUCCAUUGUCAAAAGUGUGAGGGCUGUUCUGGCCUUGACUAAUGGUAAUGAAGCUGUGUCUGGUAAUGAGGCUUCGUGUACUAAACCUGCUGUGCAGGCAAUAAUGGGUGAGACGUCAUCUUCUCUUUGCUUGAGUGCAGCUACUGUCACUGGCCCCUUUCACAUCCCAAUGAUCAGCCACUUUGCCACCUGUGCUUGCCUCAGUGAUAAAUCCAAGUACCCAUCCUUCCUCAGAACAAUACCCAGUGACUACUAUCAGAGCAGAGCUCUGGCCCAGCUGGUCAAACACUUUGGUUGGACUUGGGUUGGAGCUAUUAGAAGUAAUAAUGAUUAUGGAAAUAAUGGCAUGGCUACAUUCACAGAAACAGCUCAGCAGCUGGGCAUCUGUCUGGAGUAUUCUGUAGCUCUCUUCAGGACGGAUUCACCAAAAAAGAUACAAAAGAUUAUUGAUAUUAUCAAGCAAUCAACCUCUAAGGUCAUUGUUGCCUUUCUCCAUUUCCCAGAUAUGGAUGUACUAAUGUAUGAGCUGUCAGAACACAACAUGACUGGGUACCAGUGGGUUGGGAGUGAGGCAUGGAUCUUUGAUUCACAAAUUGCAGAAAUGGAUAAACAUCACAUUCUGGAUGGUGCUAUAGGUCUGUCUAUUCCAAAAGCACAUGUCAGAGGAAUGAGAGAGUUCAUGUUAAAUAUGAAGCCUCUAAAUUUACUGAAUGAAUUCUAUUGGGAGACAUUAUUUAACUGUAAGUUUAACUCAUUAAACUCACAAGAAAACAAUCAAAGAGAAUGUACUGGACAUGAAGACUUAAUGGGAGGUCAACACAGCUUCACUUAUAAGUCACUAGCCACUUACAUGCCCAUAUUCAACAAUAUCUAUAAAGGAGUGUAUGCUGUGGCCCAUGUACUACACAAGAUACUUGAUUGUAAUAAAACAUGUAACAUUAAUGUUAAUCUGGAUCCAUUCACGAUUUUGCAGGAUAUAAGAAAAAUUUAUUUUAAAACAAUGGAGGGAGAUGAAGUGUAUUUCAACGAAAAUGGAGACCCACCAGCAAAGUAUGAAAUUAUAAACUGGCAGCCUACAGAAAAUGGUGUUGUGGACUUUGUCACAGUUGGUCUCUAUGAUGCAUCUUUACCUGCAGACAAACAGCUGAGUCUGCAAAAUAAUCCGUUAAUUUGGACACAAAACUCAAAUCAGGUUCCUGUGUCAGUUUGCAGUGAUAAAUGUUCUCCAGGAACUCGAAAGGUUCUCCAGAAAGGAAAGCCUGUCUGCUGCUAUGACUGUAUAAGAUGUGCAGAGGGAGAAAUAAGCAGCACAACAGACUCUAUCAACUGUGUUCAAUGUCCACCUGAAUUCUGGUCAAACGACAGAAGAGAUGUGUGUGUGAAAAAGGAGGCAGAGUUUCUAUCAUAUGAAGAAAUGAUGGGAGCGCUGCUCACUGCAGCAUCUUUAUGUGGAACAUGCAUGACUGCUGUUGUAGCCUUCAUUUUCUUCACAUACAGGAAAACUCCUAUUGUCAGGGCCAACAACUCUGAGCUGAGCUUCCUGCUGCUCUUCUCCUUGACUCUGUGCUUCCUGUGUUCUCUGACCUUCAUGGGUCGACCCUCUGAGUGGUCCUGCAUGCUGAGACACACAGCAUUCGGCAUCACCUUUGUCCUCUGUAUGUCUUGUGUUCUGGGGAAAACUGUGGUGGUGUUAAUGGCCUUCAGAGCUUCACUUCCAGGCAGUAAUGUGAUGAAGUGGUUUGGACCAACGCAGCAGAGACUCAGUGUUCUGGUCUUCACUCUCAUACAGGUUGUAAUAUGUGUCUUGUGGUUAACGAUUUCUCCUCCUUUUCCAUUUAAAAACUUGAAGGUAGUCAAAGACAGAAUCAUCUUAGAAUGUGCUCUGGGCUCAGCUGUAGGAUUCUGGGCUGUACUUGGCUACAUAGGUUUUCUGGCUCUGCUCUGUUUCGUUCUUGCUUUUCUGGCUCGGAAACUGCCUGAUAACUUUAAUGAGGCCAAGUUCAUUGCCUUUAGCAUGUUGAUAUUCUGUUCAGUUUGGUUUACUUUUAUUCCAGCUUAUGUCAGCUCUCCUGGAAAGUUCAGUGUUGCUGUGGAGAUAUUUGCUAUUCUGGCCUCUAGUUUUGGACUGUUGAUAUGUAUCUUUAUUCCAAAAUGUUACAUUCUGUUAUUGAGACCAGGGAAGAACACAAAGAAGAAUAUGAUGGGCAGCACAAAAUCAGAAAUCUUAAAGCAAAUAUACAUGAAGUAG